CCAGAAGUACGUCUGUUGUGAAAGAAUACUUCCGGUGUCUUUGUCGCUAGCCCAACCUGUAAGAAGUCGACUGAGGAUAUUUAUGCUCACAAAAUGUCAUUAAAUUGUUGAGUUUGAGUGCGGGACGUGGGCUGCUUGUUGCUGUGGAUACGUGUGACAGUGUGGUCCUUGUUUGAGUCCCGUCAUCAGUGAUGUCGCUGUUACAAAGUGUAAGACCUGCUCUCACGACGCUUUUUCAAGUGUACCAGCACACCUGCGUGUGGACACGCCCCCUGCUCUCCCACACCAUGGCAACCCUCAACCAGAUGCACCGUGCAGGCAAACCCAAAGUGCGUCCCAAGACCCUCGGCGCCACCUUUGGGCGUCCGCAGUUGAAGGCGGUCAUCCUGAAGACCAUGAUCAGGAAACCCAAGAAGCCCAACUCCGCAAACAGGAAGUGCGCCCGCGUGCGUCUGUCCAAUGGCAAAGAGGCGGUGGCGUUCAUCCCAGGGGAGGGGCACAAUCUGCAGGAGCACAAUGUGGUCCUGGUGGAGGGGGGCCGCACGCAAGACCUUCCUGGCGUCAAGCUGACGGUGGUCCGGGGCAAGUACGACUGUGCCCACGUGAUCAAGAAGAAACAAUAGACGCUCUAAGUCUAAUCCAUUAUUAUUAUUUUAAUUAUUAUUCAGUGGGGCCACAGUGUGUCAAUCAAGGUGCUUCCCACCUUCUGCCCGUAUUUGGCCUCCCCUCAUUGGUCCAUUUAAAUAGUGCAUGGAACAUGAUGUCAAUAUUGGACCCAUGAGUUUGCGUACUAUUACAAUAAAAACUUGAAGAAUUUGUA